AUGCUGAAUAGCCUUCGAUUUGCGGCCAGACUUCAUGAACUCUGGAUCGGUUCUUCUGUGGCUUAUAUGGUAUCCCAUUUCAUUGUAUUCAUGCUCGCUAAGGCCAAAGGUGUACCCUUUGGGCUACUUGGCGCUGGUCUUCAGAUUGGAGACCUCAGGUUCUUCACCCGCAGGUCAUUUUGGUCAUCUUUUGAGUGUUCUCACGAACGGAAAUUGAGCAUGUAUCUAUUUGCCCUGUUCGUGGUGUUCUAUUCCAACCUCACAGCUCUUGCUGGAUCAUCCUCUGCUAUUGCUAUGCGACCCAACCUCGAUUGGUGGCAAAUGACCAAUAACACCUUGGUAUUUCGCUUCCCGACCAAAUUCGAGUUACGGCCUAUAAACCUUUUAGAACCACUGGCUCCACCACUCUUGAUGGUCAACUGUUCCAAUUACGUAGAAUCACCUGCCAAUUUUGUAUGUCCAGCCAGUGGAGCACAAUAUAUCAACACUUGGCUGAAUAAUUUAGGCUUCAAUGUUCUAAAAGGAGAAUCAGCGAACAUGAUUUUUUAUAACGCAUACACAAAUACGCGCAAUUUUCUUGCCUCGGCUGGAAUGGAUUCAGGUCAUUCUUACACAAACUCAUUAUCGGUUGUCCCUCAGCUCGCUGUGGGCGCGAUAUGGAAUACCUAA